GAAGAAGGAGUUGGCCGGCAGAAUCGGGACGACAGCGGCGCAUAAUUGCCGUCGGCAGUGAAACAGUCAGAGACCUGGGAGGAAAAGAGGCAGAAGAGGCAGGAGCAACCCACGCGCGGAACCACGCUGCACGACUCACUCUGGCUCUGCGAGCUGUAGACAGAGUACUUUCACCCUCCAGGAUAUCAUUUUCAACGCCCGUCGAUUUCACGCCUGCCCAACCGCCGCUGCGCGCCUUCUCCUGAGUUCUGCAGGCGACCAAAGCCGCAAUUACUCGUUCACCAUGGCAGCAGACGAUACCCCUUCUUCGCCCCCAAGUGGUGGAUGGAGCAGCACGAAGGAAGAGCUGGCCUACUACAAGUCGCAGUAUGAAACGCUCGAAGCCGAGCUGCAGGAGUUCCAGGCCUCUAGCAAGGAGCUGGAGGCAGAACUCGAGCGCGACGUAGAGGAGAGCGAGAAGAGGGAACGCAAGCUUCAAGAGAAGGCAGAACGGCAGGGCUUUGAGGUCGAAGAGUGGAAGACCAAGUACAAGCAAAGCAAGAUCGAGGCCAACAAUGCACAGAACACGCUGCAGAAGGAAAUCACCAGCUUGCGCGACGCACAUCGGACCCUCCAAAUGAAGCUGCGAGACAUUGAAGUACAAAGUGACGAUUUCGAACGCCAGGCGCGCAAUCAGACAUCUUCGCUUGAGGACGUCGAGUCAAAGUACAACGUAUCCAUCGAGCGGACCGUGAUGCUGGAAGAAGAGCUCAAGAUUGGUGAACAGGAGCGAGAAGGACUACGAAUAGAAACCCAACGCCUACGGGAUGAGCUCUCAGAUCUAAGGAUAGAAGCCGAGAUUGUGCAAGAGAAGCUGCGCAUAGCAGAAGUCACAAUCGAAAGACAUCAUCAGCGCAAGGUAUCCCAUCAACUUGCCAGCGAUUCAUUGCGACCACGCUCACCAGUCUCGGAGGCCUCGACCUCUGCAACGACGCUCUCCUCACCUACAGCCGCCUCGACCCCACCCCACUCGAAAUCAGAUGCUCUGCGGCCAGACAUGACACCGCCAUCGCCACCGUUAUCCGACGCCCCGCCAUCUACACGGCCCGUCCCACAAACACCAAUGCCGAUGCGCAAGAACUCGAUAGCAGCACUUGACACUGCUGCGACGCCCCGGGCUGGGUUGUACCAGUCUCGACCACCGCGCCAUUCGAGAGGACCAAGCAUAUCAGCCGCAUCACGACAAAGCACUGGCGUCAGCGGCCGCGGUACACCUUCAAUAAGAACAACUGCUCCAGCGCAGCGUGGGCAGCGACCUAGUGUGGGAGGGACUACACCGGCAGGGGGUCUGCCUAGGUCAGGCUCGCUCUACCAGAUCCGAGGGCUGAUAGGCAAGAUGCAGAAGCUCGAGGAACGAGUGUACUCGGCACGAUCCAAGCUUCCUGCUCCAACUAGUACCCCACCACGAGCGAGUCCACGUAACGGCAGCGCGAUGGGGCAACACAUACCGAGCAAUAUCACACUGAGGAGCAAUAGGAAGCGAAGUUCACAAGCCUCGACGGCCUCGUUAGCCAACGGCGGCGGCGGCGGCGAAUCUGGUGGUGUAAGCCGCCUCUCAUUCGGUAUGCGGAGCUCUUCGCGGGAGCCAAGCAACAGCCGACCCAGCAGUCGAGCGUCCCUGUCCUCUCAAUCCGGGCUACAAAGACCAGGGAGUAGGAGCAGCACGCGGACACCGCUAGGGCACUAUCAAACGUCGUCGAUUAGCGGAGUGGAAGGACGGGUACCGCGUCCACGGAGCUCCAUGAGCGGCAACUCUAUCGGACAUGGGCAUUCCCAGUCGUUAUCCAUGUCACUUCGAGAAAGCGAGACGGGCAGCAAUAGUGACGGGAGCAACGUGGCCACGCCGUUGGCGCGCAGACUGACGAUGGAGAAGUCGGGCAUCCCUACACCAAGCGGACUGCCAAGGAGACAGAGCGCGGGGCGGAGAACGAGCGCAUCGGUGGUGGAUGGUGGCGAUAUGGGACCGCCUGCACGGCCGCGCAAGAUGUCGACAUACAAUGAGGAGGAGACGUACUAGGGCGGUUGCAGCAGUAAGCGGCGCAAGCUCUUGGAUGGCUUUUCAUCUUCCUCGGGAUAUGAUUUUACGGCACUAUACCUCAUGUGAUUUUGGAAUUUUGGCGCGCGAGCGACGCAGGUACUACUUAGCUUCCGUUGACGGGGUUUGAGCGUUGGGAGCGAGCGGCUGAAGAUUAUUUUCUGCAUUUUUUUGCUUGAAUCAUUCUGUGCAUAGUUUAAGGGUCGGGGCUGGGAGGAGUGUUUGGGGACUCAUUACAUACUGCUCAAUACCAUUUCAUUUGUCUAUGAAGUAAUCAAGUAGGCGAUUCUCGGCAU